AUGCUGGCUUGUCUGCCAGCCUCAGGUGACCCUACCACCCGAUUUCUCUCCCGUACGCAGAUGAACACUGGACUUCAGAAAUGGGAAACUACACAGAAGAUGAGAUCUGCCAACUAUCCAACCCCAGCAGAGUUGGAUGCAUAUGCUAAGAAAGUUGCCAACAACCCCCUGACGAUCCAGAUCUUCCCAAAUAGUAUCAAAGUACCUCAGAGGAAGCACAUUCGGCGCACAGUUAACGGGCUUGACACAUCCUCUUCCAGCCAGCGCCUCAGUCCUUACCCUUCUCAGGUCAGCGCCAGAGCAGGUCUUUUGGCUGUCCUCCGCGUGCCCGCCAAAGGCACCAUCAAAGAGUCAGACGGCAGCCGAGCCCGGCAGCUGCACAAGGCCAUCAUGAACCCUCACAGUGGGGCGUAUGCCACUCAAAGCACUUUAAACCUUUCUCAGCCUGCUCCUCACUUGCAGGGCCUCUCCCAGCCUCAGCCCCAGGCCCAGGCCCUGGUUGCCCAGAACAAGGGCAUGGUUCACUCACAGGCGAUGAAUCAGCAGCAAGGCGAGGCCCACCCAAUGACUUUACAGCAGGCUCAGACUAUGCCCAAUCCACAUGCUUUACAGCAAAGGAACAUGGCUCAUUCACAAGCUCUUCAGCGACAGCAUAGCCUGUCCCAGAUACAGAAUUCCCUGCAGCAGCAAAGCUUGGCUCAUCCACAGGGCCUCCAGAGGCAGCAGAGCCUGCCACACACUCAUACUCUACAACAACAGAGCCAGCCACGUCCGUCACUCGGACCCCCGCAGCAGCAACAGCUCUCCCAUCUGCAAGCUCUACAGCGUCACACGGCUCCUCAUCAACAAGCUUUACUGCAACAGCAGGGAGUGACUCAGGAUCUGCGGCACAUUUCUGAUGGAGCCCGACUUCAGAGCCUGCAACAUUCCCAGGGCUUAGCUGGAUCACAGCCCCUUCCCCAGGCUGCAGGUUUGGGACCUACUGCUGCCCCCAAUGGCCUCCAGCAACAGCCCCUUCCCAACGCCUAUGGGCCUCGGAAGCCACCUGAUGCAGAUGCCCCGCCGAACAUUACCGUAUCUACCUCCACCAUCCCGCUGUCCAUGGCGGCCACCCUGCACCAGAACCGGCCCAGUGACCUGAGCAGCAUUGUGCACCAGAUCAAUCAGUUUUGUCAGGCGCGGGCUGGCAUGGGAUCCACCUCUGUUUGUGAGGGCCAGAUCGCCAACCCCAGCCCCAUCAGCCGCAACCUGCUGAUCAACGCCAGCUCCAGGGUGUCCACUCACAACCCAGCCAUGGGCUCUGGGCCCUCCUGCCUCUUGGUGGGGCCCACAGACAAGCCCACGACUCAGGCCUCCGCUGCUGCUCUCCAUCCACAACCCAACUUGGCUGCCAUGAACAGUAUGCCCAAUUUUCACACAGAUACUGAAAAGCUACAACUACAGCAACAGCUUCACCGACAGUUACAACAGCAGCAGCAGCAGCAGCAACUACAACAACAACAACAAUUACAACAACAACAACAACAACAUCAUCAACAGGCACAGCAGCUGCAACAGCAGCAGCGUUCCUGGGCCCAACACCAACUUACCCACAUGCAGCAGCCCCCUGAGGGUGCCCACCCUUGCAAGAACCCAAGGAGAGAGCCUCCCGCUGGCCCAGGGUUCCCCUCCAGAAACCUCAGCUACCCCCACAAGCUGCCCAGUGCUGCCCAAUCCUUUCCUUUGAAACACCCCACAGAGAAACCACGAUCAUCAUCGCCUGUCAAGGGCCCAGGAGGCACAAUGCCUUACACUAAUGGUAACUUUAUGCAGCCGCAGUGGAACAGCAUGCCAUCCACAGCCAGUAACAAUGGCUCAGGUCUGCAGGAACUCCCCCUGCCCUUCAGAGAAGCUCAGCCGGGGGCCUCCACAGACUAUAUCCCUGGGAGUAAGUACAGAUCAGAGAAAGGUGGGCCUGCUGGCCAAUCCAAGCUGAUGCCGAACAUGGAUUUCCUUGGAAGGGACUUCCAGAUACCAAGCUUCCAUGAGCAGAACCUGGAUGUGAUUGACAGGAUGCACAGGCCCCCCAUGGGCCAAGGCCAGGAGCCGAGCAAUGGUAGAGGUGUCCAUGCUCAUCACCCAGGCUACAACUAA